CCUCGCCAGUCGGGACCGCUCCCGCGGCAGACAUCCAUUCCUUGCUCAGGUCCGGGUUUGGAAAGUUUCUCUCUCGGUCAUUGUCACCCAACUAGCUUUACUCACCUCAGGGAUGCUGUGCCGGUCCUGCCUGCCUUGCCCCCUCUCUUUGCUUUGGUCAGAUCCCGCACCGUUCUUCAGUCUUCUGUCUUAGCCCACUCCCUGACCGAUGAUCAGCCCUAGUAGGGCCUCUUGUGUCUUCCUCUUUUCUCUUAUGGGGCUAUCUCUGCCAGACGGCUUGGUGGGCGAUUUCCUCUACUAGAUGUUAGCUCCAAGAGUACGAGGAUUUUUGUCUGUUUUGCUUUCUCCUUUAUCUCUAUUGCCUAGAACAGUGAUUGGCUCAAAGAAGGCGCUCAAUGAGUAAUUGUUGAAUGAGUAAAUCCAGCUUUUUUCUUCCUUGUUUUUCUCAUACCCUUUGUGGCGUCUUUGCCAUUAGUCCAUCUCCUGAAUCUAGCCUCUUGACACCUUAUUUUUUGUUCUUAGCAGCUAGUUAAGUUCUCUCUGUCAGACUCCUUUUCCUCUGCUGCUUUGCUUGCUGUCUCUAUAAACGUGUGGCAUCCCGUUCUCUUUUGAUAUGUUUAAAUUCAUUCGUUUAUUCAUCAAACGUUUAUUAUACUAGGUGCUGGGCCAUAGCAGUCAACAAGAUAGGCAAGGUUCUUCAUUUGUAUAGAAUGGCAUUCUAGAGGUAUAUUUCCUAGUUUAAACUGCUGUGGAGGAAAGCGUGUAUAUCUCUACCUCACUGUUUGAAGUGUCUCACAUGCAUACAGGUGUCACCAAUAUGCAUCCAUCUCUUUUCUAUUCUGCCUGAUAUUUUCAAAAUGCAACUCUUGUUUUUGGUCAACAGUAUGUGUCCAGUCUGUUUGACUAUGCUCUCAAUGUAGAGCUGGGUAUGUUCACUAGAGCUUGGCAAAUAUUCUGGAUUCUGGUGGCACUGUACCCCUCCAUAGUUUCUCUGCUUCACUGACUUGUUGGAAUGAAGAGAAUUACGCAGGCACUCACAAUAGGUGUCAGUUUGCAAUACUGUGUAAUGAGAAGUAAGAAGAAUUUGUUAAACGAGUUGAGGGCCAGGAAAUCUUACAGUCACAUAAAAUAUUUUUCAGGAACACCAUUCCGUAAUCUAGAGUUUCUCAUCAGUGUUUUUGGUGAACAUGGAUAGUUAUUAAACAGAUUAUGACUGCUGUGAGGUAAUUCUUUUCUACAAAACACUGUUCGGAAGAAAGCCACUAGAGUGUGGGUAACACGAAUGGCAGCCUAAUAACCCAACAUCUCUACAUACUCCAUUGUAUCUGCAGUUUAAAGGGAGGGAUGGGCUGGAAGAAUAGAGAGUACACUCAUUAAAAACAAAAAUGGCGAGUGACACACUCAGUAUAUAGGAGCACGGUAUAUAAUGUAACAAUUACACUUACGUAACUCUUUAUGGUUGUAAAGGAGCCCUGGUGGUGCAGUGGUUAAGCACUAGGCUGCUAACUGAAAGGGCAACGGCCCUUUGAACCUGUCAGCUGCUCGGCGGGAGAAAGAUAUGGCAGUCUGCUGCUGUAAAGAUUUACAGUUUUGGAAACCCUAUGCGGCAGCUCUAGUCUGUCCUGUAAGGUCACUGUGAGUCAGAAUCGACUCGAGAGCAGUGGGUUAUGGUUACAGAGAACUUUCACAUACACUUCUUUGUCUGAUCCUCAUAAUAACUCCAUAUUUUAGGUAAAGCAAACAUUAUUUUCAUUUUACAGACGUGGAAACUAUGGCUAGCCAAAGAUUAAGUUAUUUGCUUGUAAUCAUGCAACUAGAAAGUGUCAAAAUCCUGUAUUCUAACUAAGGUUUUAUGACUUCAAAUCUAGGAGUGUUUCCACUACACUGCCUGUACACAUGUUGCCAGGCUCUCGUAACCGUUCCUUAGUGAAGUCUGUUCUUGCCUGGAUGAUACCCGUUUGCAUUCUGGGAUGGGUGUGUGUAUUUCUGUUGUGUGUUGGGAUUUGCAAAGGGGUCUUUUGGGAUUGUCAGUGACAUGAUUGAAAGUUCUUGACAAGAGAAAGCUGAAGAUAUCCUGGUCUUGUUACAGGGGAGAGGAGAAUUAACCCCCUAAAUAUACCUAUAACUAUAGAUAUUCUGGGAUAUUUCAGAGCUUAGCCUUUUCUCCUCUUAUGUCUUGUCCCAAAUGGUUUGCCUUCCUUCCAGAGAAAAUCCCAGAGCCUUUGAUGGAGGACAGCAGUGAGGAUGCUUCGAUCCAUCGAUUAGAAGGCACUGAUCUGGACUCUCAGGUUGGUGGUCUUAUUUGCAAGACCAGAAGUGCGGCUAGUGAGCAGCAUGUCUUCAAGGCUCCUGCUCCACGCCCUUCAUUGCUGGGACUGGACUUGUUGGCCUCCCUGAAACGGAGGGAGCGAGAGGAGAAGGAUGAUGGGGAGGACAAGAAGAAGUCCAGAAUCUCUUCCUACAAGGACUGGGAAGAGGGCAAGGAUGACCAGAGGGAUGCGGAAGAAGAGGACAGUGACCAGUCUGGCCGAAGUAGCCGAAAAGACAGACAUUAUCGUUCUGCCCGAGUAGAGACACCAUCCCAUCCUGGUGGUGUGAGUGAAGAGUUUUGGGAACGCAGUCGGCAGAGAGAGCGGGAACGGCGGGAGCAUGGUGUCUAUGCCUCAUCUAAAGAAGAAAAGGAUCGGAAGAAAGAGAAAUCACGGGAUCGAGACUAUGACCGCAGGAGAGACAGAGAUGAGCGAGAUAGAAGUCGGCAUAGCAGUAGAUCGGAGCGAGAUGGAGGGUCAGAGCGCAACAGCAGAAGAAAUGAACCAGAGAGCCCCCGACAUCGACCCAAAGAUGCUGCCACUCCUUCAAGGUCUACCUGGGAGGAAGAGGACAGUGGCUAUGGCACUUCAAGGCGCUCGCAGUGGGAAUCGCCCUCCCCAUCGCCUUCCUGUCGAGACUCUGAGAGGAGCCAUCGGCCUUCCACUCGAGAUCGAGAUAGGUCUGUGAGGAGUAAGUACUCAGAUGACACACCUCUGCCAACCCCAUCCUACAAAUACAACGAGUGGGCAGAUGACAGAAGACACCUGGGGUCCACACCGCGUCUUUCCAGGGGCCGAGGAAGGCGUGAGGAUGGUGAGGAAGGAAUUCCAUUUGACACAGAAGAGGAGCGGCAGCAAUGGGAGGAUGACCAGCGGCAAGCUGACCGGGAUUGGUACAUGAUGGAUGAGGGAUAUGAUGAGUUCCACAAUCCCCUGGCCUACUCUUCUGAGGACUAUGUGAGGAGGCGGGAACAGCAUCUGCAUAAACAGAAGCAGAAGCGCAUUUCAGCUCAGCGGAGACAAAUCAAUGAGGAUAACGAGCGCUGGGAGACCAACCGAAUGCUCACCAGUGGUGUGGUCCAUCGGCUAGAGGUGGAUGAAGACUUUGAAGAAGACAAUGCAGCCAAGGUACAUCUGAUGGUGCAUAAUCUGGUGCCUCCCUUCCUGGAUGGGCGCAUCGUCUUCACCAAGCAGCCAGAACCUGUGAUUCCAGUCAAGGAUGCCACUUCAGACUUGGCCAUUAUUGCUCGAAAAGGCAGUCAAACGGUGCGGAAGCACAGAGAGCAAAAGGAACGCAAAAAGGCUCAGCACAAACACUGGGAAUUGGCUGGGACCAAACUGGGAGACAUAAUGGGUGUCAAAAAAGAGGAAGAGCCAGAUAAAGCUUUUACAGAAGAUGGCAAAGUGGAUUACAGGACAGAGCAGAAGUUUGCGGAUCACAUGAAGAAAAAGAGUGAAGCCAGCAGUGAAUUUGCAAAAAAGAAGUCGAUUCUGGAGCAGAGGCAGUACCUGCCUAUCUUUGCAGUGCAGCAGGAACUACUCACUAUUAUCAGAGAUAAUAGCAUUGUGAUCGUGGUUGGAGAGACAGGGAGUGGGAAGACCACUCAGCUGACCCAGUACUUGCAUGAAGAUGGUUACACGGACUACGGGAUGAUCGGGUGCACGCAGCCCCGGCGUGUAGCUGCCAUGUCAGUAGCCAAGAGAGUCAGUGAAGAGAUGGGUGGAAGCCUUGGUGAGGAGGUGGGUUAUGCCAUCCGCUUUGAAGAUUGCACCUCAGAAAACACCUUGAUCAAAUACAUGACUGAUGGGAUCCUGCUCCGAGAGUCUUUGCGGGAAGCCGACCUGGAUCACUAUAGCGCCAUCAUCAUGGAUGAGGCCCACGAGCGCUCCCUCAACACUGAUGUGCUGUUUGGCCUGCUCCGGGAGGUGGUAGCUCGACGCUCAGACCUGAAACUCAUCGUCACAUCAGCCACUAUGGAUGCAGAGAAAUUUGCUGCCUUUUUUGGGAAUGUUCCCAUCUUCCACAUCCCUGGUCGCACCUUUCCUGUUGACAUCCUCUUCAGCAAGACCCCACAGGAGGAUUACGUGGAGGCUGCAGUGAAGCAGUCCUUGCAGGUGCACCUGUCGGGGGCCCCUGGGGACAUCCUUAUAUUCAUGCCUGGCCAAGAGGACAUUGAGGUGACCUCAGACCAGAUUGUGGAACAUCUGGAGGAACUGGAGAAUGCACCCGCUUUGGCCGUGCUGCCCAUCUAUUCCCAGCUGCCUUCUGACCUCCAGGCCAAAAUCUUCCAGAAGGCUCCAGAUGGUGUUCGCAAGUGUAUUGUUGCCACCAACAUUGCCGAGACAUCUCUGACUGUAGAUGGCAUUAUGUUUGUUAUCGAUUCUGGUUACUGCAAAUUAAAGGUCUUCAACCCGCGGAUUGGCAUGGAUGCUCUUCAGAUCUACCCCAUCAGCCAGGCCAAUGCCAACCAGAGGUCAGGGCGAGCUGGCAGGACGGGCCCAGGUCAGUGUUUCAGGCUCUACACCCAGAGUGCCUAUAAGAACGAGCUACUGACCACCACAGUGCCCGAAAUCCAGAGGACCAACCUGGCCAACGUAGUGCUGCUGCUUAAGUCCCUUGGGGUACAGGAUCUGCUGCAGUUCCACUUCAUGGACCCACCCCCGGAGGACAACAUGCUCAAUUCCAUGUACCAGCUGUGGAUCCUCGGGGCCCUGGACAACACAGGUGGUCUGACCUCUACUGGGCGACUGAUGGUGGAGUUCCCACUGGACCCAGCCCUAUCCAAGAUGCUUAUUGUGUCCUGCGACAUGGGCUGCAGCUCGGAGAUCCUGCUCAUUGUCUCCAUGCUCUCAGUCCCGGCCAUCUUCUACAGGCCCAAGGGCCGGGAGGAGGAGAGUGAUCAAAUCCGGGAGAAGUUUGCUGUCCCUGAGAGUGACCAUUUGACCUACCUGAAUGUCUACCUGCAGUGGAAGAAUAAUAAUUACUCCACUAUUUGGUGUAAUGAUCAUUUCAUCCAUGCCAAAGCCAUGCGGAAGGUCCGGGAGGUGCGGGCUCAACUCAAGGACAUCAUGGUGCAGCAGCGCAUGAGCCUGGCUUCGUGUGGCACCGACUGGGACAUUGUCAGGAAGUGUAUCUGUGCUGCCUAUUUCCAUCAGGCAGCCAAGCUCAAGGGAAUUGGGGAGUAUGUGAAUAUCCGGACAGGGAUGCCCUGCCACUUGCAUCCCACUAGCUCCCUCUUUGGAAUGGGCUACACCCCGGACUAUAUUGUGUAUCACGAAUUGGUCAUGACUACCAAGGAGUACAUGCAGUGUGUGACUGCUGUGGACGGAGAGUGGCUGGCGGAGCUGGGCCCCAUGUUCUACAGCGUGAAGCAGGCAGGAAAGUCGCGGCAGGAGAACCGCCGUCGGGCCAAAGAGGAAGCUUCUGCCAUGGAGGAGGAGAUGGCGCUGGCUGAGGAGCAGCUGCGAGCCCGGCGACAGGAACAGGAAAAGCGCAGCCCCCUGGGCAGUGUCAGGUCUACAAAGAUCUAUACUCCAGGCCGGAAAGAGCAAGGGGAACCCAUGACCCCUCGCCGCACCCCAGCCCGUUUUGGGCUCUGAGCUGUCCCUGGUAGAGGAUGGGAGCCAGGUAUUGUCCUGAGCCCUCUGGCUGGAUGGCCUGAGCCUCUGGACAAAGCCCCCCUCAUCUGUAUACUUUCAUCUGUAUACAUCCGCUCGUGGCCCUUGGGCUCUGCUGCUGAGGAAAGAGUUGUUCCUCAGUGCAGGCACUUGGAAGGGGCCAAGGCUGCUGUCUGGCGCAGCAGAGCAGCUGAGAAGCUGCCAGAGUGAGAGGCACCCAGACCCAUCACCUCCAAGUAAGCAGCCUCUGGGAUGCUUGGUGUCUAAGUGACUGGUGUGACCAUGUCUUUUUUAAUCCUCGUGUAAAGCAGUAAAAUAGACCUAAAGGGAAUUGUAAUUUGGUCAUAAUUCAGGAUUUGGAGAUAAAUUUAUUGUUUGUAAAAUGUUAUUGCACUUCAGACUGUUUCUUUUUCCCUCGCUGCCCUAAAUCAUAUGAUAAGGAGAGGAAGGGCAGAACCCCCAACCUGACUUUCCUUUGAUGGAUCUUCCUAGAGCCUUAGUUCUGCCCUUAGUUCUCUAGGCAGUGCCUCCCAGAGGAGGGCUUGGGAGGGGGGGACACAGGUGACAGGGAAGGAGACCUGAGACUGGCCAGGUACACCAAGCAGUGGGCGAUGAUAUUAAGCACUCUUUUUAUGUCUUUUGAGGUAGUUUUUUGGAUAUUUGGCCCUUUUGUGCCAGCCAUGGUUCUUAUUUAAUGACUCCCUACAGUUGGGCUUUUGACAGGUAUGCUGGUUGGGGCCGAGUCAUCAACAGGAUUGGAGGUCAGAGGUACCUUGAUAUCACACCGGUGCUCAAAGUGAGCUCUGUGGUGCCUGGCUCACUGUGCUGACUGUUGGUUCCAGUCCCUCUGGGAUUUGAGUUUUCAUGUAUUAUAAUUCUCAACCUAAGGGAAAACAUAAGUCAAUUUUGUGGAGGAGUUUGGAAGCCAAACUUUGUCAGCACCAGCUAUCACCUCUGCUAUGCUUCCAUUCCUUUUCCCUCUGACCUCCUUUAUUGGAAAUGCAGGUGAAAACAGACUUUUCAGGGCUCUGGAGUGAAAAGAGAGGAGCCCUGGUGGUGCAGUGGUUAAGUGCUCAGCUGCUAACGGAAAGGUCAGUAGUUUGAACCCACUAGCUGCUCUGCAGGAGAUGUGGCAGUCUGCUUCUGUAAAGAUUUAUAGCCUUGGAAACCCUAUGGAGCAGUUCUACCGUCCUAUAGAGUUGCUAUGAAUUGGAAUUGACUUGACAGCAGUUGGUGGUGUGAAGAGAGGGCUUCCAGCUGCAUGGCUGGGAAGCCUUAUCUUGGCACCAGGUUGAAGGGUGAGGAGAAGCUAUUUGCCUGCUUGGCAGGGAGGAAAUGGGUGGGUAUGUAAGCUGCUUACAGACUCAGGCUUGGGAUGCAACAGAAUAGGAAAAAGACUGAAGUUCCAGUUAACGGCUUUCUUCCUAACAAGCUGUGACCUUGGUCACAAACUCAUCUUCAAGUUUGUUAGAUUAAAAAAAAAAAAAAAAUGA